AUGGAGCUAGUGCAUCGAGUCGUCGUGUGGAGCUCUGUCGUCGUGUUGAUCCGGUGCGGCCUUAACACGCCGGAGGAACUGCGGGUGGGGAGGCAAGCCAUCGAAAGCUGGCGCUCCACGAAGAAAGACGCCGCUUGGCCUGGUGACAGGCUGUUCGGCGGAUUCGCGCCCCACGUCGGCACCUACCCCUUUGCCGUCUUCAUCAUAGGUAUGGAGCCUGGCAGGACCUGGGAAUGCUCGGGCAGUGUAUUGGCGCCCCAGUGGAUCCUAACCGCGGCGCACUGCAUGGGCCUCUCGCAAUAUUGGUAUGGGGUUAUUUUCGGCGGCGACAUAGACUUUUCAACCGACAGAGUCUUCACAAAGUACAACAUCCAGAUCCGACUUGUCCAACAAGCCUAUCAGUACGUUGUGAACGACACCUACACUAAUGACAUCGUGUUGUUUAAGCCUUUCAGAGGUUUCACCUUAGAAAGGGGAUUCGUCGAAACCAUUCCUUUGACGGACCAGAGAACGUACCCAUCGAACUGGAAGAAAACCUGCACAGUAGUGGGAUUUGGCUUGCGUGGCAGGAACCUCCAUCCACCAGUAGGCAUCCAGAGAGCAGCCAGCUUCCUGAUGGAGCCUGGGUGGAAGUGUGGCGCCCGCGGCAUCAGGGAUAAUGGCCUCUGCACCUUCGACGUGAAGACCAAGUCCGCCUGUACGGGCGACUCCGGUGGCCCGAUCUUCUGCGAAGGACAGUUCAUCCAGUUCGGACUCGUCGUGGGCUCCCUCUACGAGAACUGCACGCAUUGGUACUGCGGCUCGCCGGCUGUAUGGAACAUCCACAUGUUCGUCGGCUUCUACCGCGACUGGAUCGACUAUACGAUGCACAGGUACUCCGAGCCUCGGUCGGCCAGCCACCGGCGACGAGCCAGCUCGCUGGCAACUCUGCUGGCCGGCUUCCUGCUGGCGCAGCUCAACCCUCCAAUAAACACUCACACGCCUCUCUGA